AUGAAUUUGACAAUGAUAUUUGGUAUCACAAAGAACUAUUUUUUCCAUCUGUGUGACUUGGGGAGAGGACCGAACUAUCCUGUGCUAUUGCUGCCAAAUGAUAUGAAACGUCUAAUACUCAAGGAAUGUGUCGGCAGGGGCAUAAGGUGCUUGUCAGAUGUUUUAAAGAAUAUUAUAAGUUUAAAUGACUUGUCUUAUUUGGAGAUUAGUGGUUUGGAUGGAAUAGAGUUCCUCUUGCAAUUUUCCUUCGCUCCUACUCCAUGUGAUCAGCUGGAAGUCUCGUCUUUUAGUCCAUUGCGAAAUCUGCAAGCCCUAAUGCUCAACAAUUUACCAAAUUUGGUUGGUCUCUUUUACAGGAAAAUAGAAGCAUGUCUUCUUCCUCUUGGCAUUUUUUCUUCCCUUACAAAGUUGUGGAUUUCUUAUUGUCACAACAUGAAGCAACUAUUCACAAUUCAAUUGCUGCAGAACCUUCAAAAUCUUGAAGAUUUAGAAAUCAGGAAUUGUGAAGGAUUGAAGCAGAUAGCAACAGAUGACAAUGGAGUGGGAAAAGGAGGAAAAGAAGGCAUCCAAUUGACUUCAAGUGAAGCCACCACCACUAUCAUCCUUCCAAAAUUAAGGAGGUUGCAUCUGACUUGGUUGCCACAGCUGAAGAACAUUUGCACGGCAGCCAUGAUCUGCGAUUCAAUCACGGAGAUUGAAAUGUUUGGUUGUCCAAAGGUAGAGGCUGCCUUUGUUUCUUCUCACCAUCAACGGACUACCAUCUGUUCCCAGUACUCUUCACAAAAUCAGGGGAGAUAA